UGGCCGCUGCCAGUGCGCGGUGACGUAAAAACCGCGCCCACGGAAAAACCCCUGUGGCUUCCUCCAGCCGUAGCUUUUCCGAUUUUCCUCAAUUGCGAGAAACCGCUAAACUUUCCUGCUUUCACUGGAGGCGUAAAACAGUCCGCAGGUCAAUCGCGAGCGCCUUAUGGACGCUCGCCCGUAUCAUUCAAAACGCCAUCCACGCGACUCGAGCGGCGGCAGUCACUCACGACAGCUGUGCGCCCUGGAUUGAUCUUCAUGACCGUGAGCCGCGAUGACAUCAGCGAAGGCAGCGCAGGCGGCGUUGGCGUUAUCGCUCCGUGCGCGCCGUGACGAAUGCGGAGUUCGUUUUUGAAGUCAUGGCGGUCAGGAAACGUGGCGAAGCUAAGAGGGCCGCGGCCGAAGCCGCCGCUGUACCGGCGGCCAGUCCACAGUCGCCCGCAGCAGCGGUGCCCGUGUUUUCGACCAGGAGAAUCAUCGUGCGCGUUGGCGUGUCCGUCGCGUUGCUGACGGCCCUCUACAUUCCGGCGUGGCGGAAGUCCGGGAGCGUCAGGACGUUCGCGUCCCGCGACGAGGUCUUGGCGAUCAAGUCAGAAACGGUGGAGUGUUCCAAAGACUACGUGAACGACCGUCGGCUCUUCAAGGAUUGUGCCCCCCAAAAGUGCGGAAGAGUGGUUUCGGACAGCGUGGUCACCGCCGAAGAGAGUGAUGCACUGUUGAACCUGGCAAAGCGAGGCUUGGCACUGAGUCAUUCCGACGGUGGAGCUUCGAUUCUUGAUUUGCAUUCCGGAUCCAUUUCCUUGGGAAAAAAAUUCGUCAAUGUCUACAAACUGCUUGAACAGAAAGGCACUACGCUAUUCAGUGACCAUGACUUGAAAGUCUACAAGCAGGUCAAGGACAAGAUUCGAAGCCUGAUCAGUUUUCAGUUUGGCAUCAGGCCAGACUCCUUACACUUGACACACCCGACAUUCUUUUCGGAAAUGACGGUGCGGCCGGCCGUCACCGUCCACGACGAGUACUGGCACGUGCACGUCGACAAGGAGCAGUACGGAUCAUUCCACUACACUUCGCUGCUCUAUCUGGCCGACUACAAUGCUGAUUUUGGCGGAGGUCGCUUGUUUUUUGUGGACACCGUGAGGGGCAAUUCCACGGUGGAACCGAAGAAAGGUCGUGUCUUGGCUUUUACAUCUGGCUCGGAGAACCCGCACUUCGUGGAGAAAGUGGACAAGGGGGUGCGAUAUGCGCUGACCGUGUCGUUCUCCUGUGACCCUUCAAAGGCCAUCCGUGACCCCGGCAGGCCUCGACCGAGCGUCUGAGGCGCAACGUAUUGUGAAUGCGACAUGGUCCAUGAAGAUGAAGGUGCUGGAGGUUGUUCAUGAAUGCGAUGUGGCGUUGUUCUGCACAUUCGUGCUUUUCUACAUAUUGGGGAAAAUGGGAGCGAAACAAAAGUUUUAAAUGCCGAUUUCCACGACCAAAGGGAUUUUGACGCAUACAGGGGCAGUAACAUUGCCCGUAGUUAUCGCGGAGGCCUCUUGAUAAAAAUGCCUGAUAAACAAUUUUCUAUGCAUACAUGCUUUAGUUAUGCAUACUAAUUAGGAAAGUGGAAAUGGAACAUUUCUGUAAACUUCAAAAAAAAAAGGUAACAGGACUUAAGCUCGUUUCAUGCAUAUGAUUGGAUGACAUUCUCUACAGUGAUUUGACGCCUCAUUACAAGUGCGACACAGGCUUUUCAAUGCAUACAUUACUUAGCGUGCCAGUGAGUGGAAACGAAAGGAAAGCUUCUAACAACAAAAAUAAAGCAUAUUUUCGUGACUCAACCUUUUACGCAUAAGAAAGACUUUGCGAGUGAUUGUUUUCACACAUUUGGCAGAAAGCUAUACGACUAGACAAAGAAAUGAAGGUUCAAGCUUACCUUUAUUUAAUUUCAUGCCAAAGUGCCAGCGUUGAUAAAUCUGUGCGAUGUAAUGGAUUUCGAAGUAUCUUGUGAUAUUUAAAUCGUUUUCAGUGCAGGAAAACUACUCAAAACUGACUACGUAGUUUCUAUUUCUUCUUCUCUCUUCUUUUUUAGAAUGCAAUGUACCGUAUUUACUCGAAAAUGCGUUGAACACAAACUCGUCAAAAAAUAAAAAAUUGAAUAUAGGUCAACCCAUAUCUCCAGAAAAUCUUAACAAGACAUAGGUACCUUUGCUUACCACAAGCUCGGCUACUAAAUAUCGCUAGUUGAUGCCACCAGCUGCAGCCUCAUUGGGAGUGCCGGAGAAGUCGUUCUCAUCGGAUGUUUCACAGGUGUCCUUGGCACUCCAUACGUUGUUGUCCUCGGUGCCGUCAAGUGCAUUGGAUACUAAGCAUUUGUUAAAGCCAGUCUGGACAAUCUCCAGGCUGGCCUUACGAAGCACGCAACGAAGGGAUUCCGUAGGCCCAGUACUUUUUAAUGCGAGAGCAUAACUUGGCUCAUCGUGCGAGCCCGCCGUCAUCAGAAAGCCGUGGCAGAAAAACGGUGCACAAAUUACGUCAUCUUCGUCUAACUAAAGAAAAAAAAGUGGCCAUGGUGAGGAUUCGAUCCUCUGCCCCACUGCGAUCGCUCCGUAGCCGAGCGUGCUAACCAGUGUGCCACCGUUACAACAGGCAGCAGUGAAAAAUAUCUUUGAGGCCGUGCAUGUGGUUUGGCUCUGCCUGGCAGGCGAUUCACUAGAUGGCACUAUGGAGUCUUCAUCGUCCUAAGUUGAAUCGCUCGCAUCUACAUCAUCAGGCGAGACAGCAAAACGUGGCCGGAGAUGCCAGUUCACUGACGACGAAGUUCGAGACCAUUGUAACGCGGCAAAACGUGCGCAGUGAGCGGAUGCAGCGAAAGAACAUUCAUCACCCAAGCUCCCGACGACACGAAAGUGACUGGGAAGCGAGCACGGUGAGCUGCAGCGAGGCACACUUUAACGAGAACUCCACAAAUAAAGCUCUGCUGAGAGUUUGCAAUAUGGCCGGUUUGUCAUCUUGCAUUGUUGCAACCUUAUAACCAGCAACAUUGCACCCGGAAACAUAACGCAGUAGCAACAAACUUGGCAGCAACACUAAACUCGGCGACAAUGCGGCGACGCACUCGGCAACAAGUAAACCCCGUUUACACAUUGUAAGAAUUGCUUAGGUGCCCCCAUAUUCUAGCUUUGUUCACGAACAUAAACCAAGAUUCUUUGGUCACGCAUAAAGGUCAAUAGCAGACUUUGGAUAACAUCUAAAAAAAAUAGUUGACCUAUAUUCAAGAACUACGAUAUUCCUCUUUUACUGAUUAUACUUUUAAGUGAACUUGAAUAGAUGCUCUUGAAGUCCACGACUGCACGACCAGUGUGGCAGCUUCAGAUCAGCGUGGUGGCGCUACCAGUCUUGUUUGUUGCAUGCAUUCUUGCUUACCAAGCAUCCAUUCACGUCAGUAGAGGUUGUGCUAUUGCGGUGGCAUAAUUUAUCAGUACAGCUUAAUGUUGCUUUGCACUGUCCCUGUAAAGCUUAAGCUCUUGUGUCCCUGGCUUUUGUUAAAUGUUCCACCACCUUCUAUACCCAUUCAGUAUUCACUGUGCCUUCGUGCAUCAGUCAAAACGGGUCCGACACACAGCUUUAACCCUCCUACCUAUGCACUUACGUUUUGGCAGUUGACCUGUUGAGCUGUUGUAAUAGUAAAGAACAAAUUGUGCUUUCAAAGUUUUUUUUUUCUAUGAGACCAAUGUAUUAACGCAUACCUUUGUUCGUUUGGAUGUACAUAUUUCAUUCCAUUGUUAAUAAAAGCUUUUUCACUUG